ACUCUUUGCUCCAAAACUUCAACACAAACACAUUCUGUAAAGCUUCUCAGCCAUGGGAAAGUCAUCAGGCUCUGACAAAAAUGGGCUCAAGAAAGGUCCAUGGACGGCUGAAGAAGAUCAGAAACUUGUUGAUUAUAUUCAGAAACAUGGCCAUGGCAAAUGGAGAACUCUUCCCAAGAAUGCUGGGCUGAAAAGAUGUGGAAAGAGUUGCAGGCUUCGAUGGACAAACUAUUUGAGGCCUGACAUCAAGAGAGGGAUGUUCUCAGUUGGAGAAGAAGAAACUAUUGUUCAGUUACAUAAAGUUCUGGGAAAUAAGUGGUCUGCAAUUGCUGCUCACUUGCCUGGAAGAACUGAUAAUGAAAUAAAGAACUAUUGGAACACUCACAUCAAGAAGAAACUGUUGAAAAUGGGAAUUGAUCCAGUGACUCAUUGCCCUCGCCUUGAUCUUCUUCAACUGUCUUCGUUUCUUGCCUCAAAUUUCUGCAAUUCUUCUCAAGUUAAUGCUUCCAAUUGUCUUGGUCUUGGGCCUUUUCUCACUCCGGAUUUUCUAAAUUUUGCCACCAGCCUCUUAUCCUGCCAACACAGAGCUCAGGAAUUUAGUCCUGAAAAUGUUCAAGGGCACCUCAACCAAAUGCUAUCCUUUCAACAAAACUUGCUUCAGUGCCCUGUUGAAGCCUGCACAAAGCCGGCUAGUGAGUCAAGUGCUCAAUUUCUGAGUGAAACCCAACUCCUGCAAGCCAAUUUGGAGCAAAUUUCUCAAGAACCCAGCAACUUUGGCUGGCAAAAUUCCCUAGCAAACUUGAAUCAGGAUGGUGCAGAGUGUUUCCAAAUGCCAAACGGAUCUACUGAAACAACAAACUAUGGCUAUCAGUACAGUUACAGUGACUCUCUAUCACACAACCAAGCAAAAAUUUCCAACAUAAAUGGUGGCAACAUCCCAAAAAUGAGCUUUGGUUCGAUUCUAUCGACGCCUUCUUCUACCUCAACUCCGAUGAAUUCAUCAUCUACAACCUAUGUCAAUGGUAGCACUGAAGAUGAGAGGGACAGUUACUGCAGCAAUGCAUUGUUCGACAGAUUGGAUGCCAUUGGACUUCUGUAAAACAAAUUUGAAAUCCGAAGAACUGUAUAAUCUCUGUAUUAAACUUUAUGAGCAUUUAGAUUUUAGUGCUUGAAACAAAAGAAGAAAAGAGAUCAAGGGCAAAGGUGAACAAUUAAAGCUCAAGUCAUCAAGAGAUUGCGUGCGCAUAUCUUGUUAGCACAACAAAAUGUGGAAAUAAAAUUAGCAAAAAUUGUUCAAGCA